UUGGGUAUUUGUUUCCUUUACCAACCAGCGCAUUAAAACAAUGUCCGAGCCCUACGACCCAUAUAUUCCGACGGAAUCGUCGACACCAGGUCGUGUUGGCAAUGCCAAUACAGGAUCGACCCCAAAUGUGAAGACAGCUGCAAUUCAGCAGCAAAUUGAUGACACUGUGGGCAUUAUGAGAGAGAACAUCUCAAAGGUGUCUGAGCGUGGUGAACGCCUUGAUUCCUUACAAGAUAAAACAGAUAAUUUGGCUGUAAGUGCCCAAGGCUUUCGUCGCGGUGCCAAUCGCGUUCGCAAGAAAAUGUGGUGGAAAGAUAUGCGAAUGCGUUUAUGUAUCAUCAUUGGUAUCAUUAUUUUACUAGUCGUUAUUAUUGUUCCCAUUGCAACAAAGUUUCAUGGGAAGUAAGGGUUCAUACACUUGACAGUAUGAGAUUGCCUUUAUCGUGAGGCGUUUCCUAUGAUUAGACUUGGAGUCCAUUGUUUCUCACUUUUGAGUUUAAUCUAGUCGUCUUUACUAUGCUCUAAAAAAAAAAAAACAAAUUCAAAUCCUGUGAAUGUACGCAUAGUUUCUUAGAAUUAACAUUUAAAACGUGAAAAUACUGGCUUCUUUUUUUUUUCUUUAAGUAAUUACUUCUCUUUUGCCCGUUUUUAUAUCCUUUUAUACGAGCCCUUGGUCUGAUGAUGGGUGACGAUGCUGAGUUGGUUUUUCUGCAUUCGGGGCUUUUAAAUAAUGGCUGUAUUUACAGUUUUAGCUAGACAUCGCAUUAAUACGAAAAUGCUAGUUUGCACAUCCUCCGGCUAUGAUUCCCUGAUGUUGUCUUAUGCGAAGCUUUACGGGUGUUCUUGUGACAUUUGGUUUAAAGACUCGGUGCACUUUAUGAAAAUCCGCCUGGUAAUUUUCAAACCUCUGUGGUUUUAUGUCACUUUUUUCAUAAGACAUUUCGUUUAGCAUGAGGAUAGUUGAUGUUUAAUGUAUAUGAUAAUCGCCUUUCUUUUACGAGUCAUAUAACUUCUGAGUAUAUAUAUAACAUAUAUGCAGUGGAUUGUUUUUUGAAGCAGG